AUGGCCGCGGGGGUGGCGGAGGCUGUCACGGCUGAGCCGCCGCCGCGGCUGGGCCGCCUACCCGGAGGAGCUGGCACCGAGCGCGCCCUGGAAGAAGCGGAGGCCUCCGGCACCCUCAGUCUGGCCGGCCGGCGGCUGCGCGCCUUCCCCGCGGCAGCGGCGCGGCGCUGGGACCUCAGCGACACCACAGAGGCCGACCUGUCCCGGAACCGUUUCGGGGAGGUGCCGGAGGCCGCUUGCCGCCUGGUCUCGCUGGAGGGGCUCAGCCUGUACCACAACUGCCUGCGCAGCGUCCCGCCCGCCAUCGCCAACCUCCAGGCCCUGGCGCACCUGGACCUCAGCCGCAACCAGCUGAGCUCUCUGCCCGCCUGCCUCUGCCUCCUGCCCCUGCGCGUCCUCAACGCCAGCAACAACCGCCUGGCCCAGCUGCCCCCGAACCUCGGCGCCCUGCGCACGCUGCGGCAGCUGGAUGUCGGCUGUAACCGGCUGCGGGCGCUGCCGCCGGGGCUGGGGCAGCUGCGGGCGCUGCGGGACCUCAGCGUGCGGAGGAACCAGCUGACGGCUCUGCCCGAGGAGCUCUCGGAAUUGCCCCUGGUCCGGCUGGAUUUCUCCUGUAACCGGGUGGUCGCCAUUCCUCGCUGCUUCCGGCGGCUCCGGCACCUCCAAAUCCUGCUGGCGGACAACAACCCCCUCCAGUACCCCCCCGCCCAGGUCUGCCUGAAGGGCAAAGUCCACGUCUUCAAGUACCUGGAAGCCGAGGCUGCCGUCCAUCCUCCCCCAACGUGCCCCCCGGACGAGCCGUGUCCCCUCCGGCAGCGGGGGGGGCUGGACUCCGGCUUCCACAGCGUCGACAGCGGCAGCAAGCGCUGGUCAGGGAACGAGUCCACGGAUGAGUCGUCGGAGCCGUCUCGGCAGCACAGGGAGACACGCAGUGGGGCAGCUGGUGACAGUGACCUGGAGCAGCUGGAGAAGGAGCCCUCACCUGAGGGUGGUCCCCAAUUCCUGGCGGCGCCCCAAGAACCUGGAGCUGUGGAUGGAGAGAGAGAGGGAGAGGAGUCGGGACAGGACCCCGACGGAGCCCCUGGCCCCCCCUCCACCCUCCCAAAACCCAGCGCCUGCCUCAACCCAUCCUCCUCCUCCUCCUCCUCUUCCCGCAGUGCCACCAAACCAGCCCCCCCGGACCCCGAGCAGCGGGAGCUGAUCGCUGAGAUGCGUCAGAGCCUUGAGGCGCUGCUGCAGCUGCGGCUCCCGGACGAGUUGGGGGACUCGGAGCUGCUGGGCCGUGUGGCCGCCCGGCUGCGCCCCUGGGCUGUGAGUGGGACCCCCAAAACAGACACCCCCUGGACCCCAAAAUACCUCCCUGAGCCCCAAAACACCCUCCCGAACCUCAAAACACCCUCCCGAACCCUAAAACAUCACCCUGUGAAGCCCCCGCACCCCCGGCGCACCCCCCCCGGGCUGCUCUUCGCCCUCUUCUAUGGCCUCCUCAUGGCGCUGCUCGUGGCCGCCCACCGCGUGCUCUUUGGCUGCUGA